CACUUCAACGGCUCUGUGGGAGCAAUUAGGGUUCUUACCCGGCCAUUAUUUUGCACCCAAAAACCCAUUUUCCACAAAAAUCCUGACCUUCCACUCUACAUUGCUGCAUUGCUUGAGCUUGAGCCUGAGCCUGCAAUCAUGGCGUUGCUAGAGCAAAAGAACGUGGCGGAUGUGAAUAAUGUGAAUACAGGCACCGAAAUCCCUCCCAAUGUCACCAUUUACAUCAACAAUCUCAACGAGAAAAUCAAAAUCGAUGAAUUGAAAAAAUCACUCCACGCGGUGUUCUCUCAAUUCGGGAAGAUUUUGGAGAUUUUGGCAUUCAAGACGCUGAAACACAAAGGGCAAGCUUGGGUUGUUUUCGAGGAUGCUCAAUCAGCAACUAAUGCUAUGAGGCAAAUGCAAUCUUUCCCCUUUUAUGACAAGCCCAUGAGAAUACAAUUUGCAAAAACUAAAUCAGAUAUCAUUGCGAAAGCUGAUGGCACUUUUGUUCCAAGGGAAAAACGAAAGAGGCACGAAGAGAAAGGAAAAAAGAAGAAAGAGCAGCAUGAUGCUAAUCAAGCUGGGAUUGGUCUGGCUCCUGCUUAUGCUGGUGCCUAUGGUGCAACUCCUCCGUUAUCACAAAUACCCUAUCCAGGUGGUGCAAAAUCUAUGGCUCCUGAGGCUCCAGCUCCACCAAACAAUAUACUCUUUAUUCAAAAUCUUCCGAAUGAGACAACUCCAAUGAUGCUGCAAAUGUUAUUCCAGCAGUACCCUGGAUUUAAGGAGGUUAGGAUGGUGGAAACAAAGCCAGGGAUUGCCUUUGUAGAGUACGGAGAUGAGAUGCAGUCAACAGUUGCAAUGCAUGGACUUCAGGGUUUCAAGAUACAGCAAAAUUCAAUGUUAAUUACCUAUGCCAAGAAAUAGUUAACGAUGCUUCUGUCUUUUGCUAUAUACAGGAUGCACGGCAAUUAGGAACUAUCAACUAGAAUAUUCUAAACUAGUGACUGCUUAUUCCAUGUAUCUAUUGUUUUUGGAUUGACGGGAAGUGAUGAUGUUCAGCCUAGGAGUUUUCGUGUAUCAUUAUGGUUAAAUGGUGACUUUCUUCAGUACUUUAUUCGCUUCUGAAAAUUGAUUAGCAUAGUAAAUUGAGGAAUUAAAGUGUAUUUUACCUUU